AUGGCGGCGCCAGCGAGCAUGUUCCAGCUCGCGCAGCUCUCCUUGGAAGAACAGCACCUACCAUUAUCCCUCCCAGUAAUCGAUCCUCAAUUCCAUCUUCCGGAAUUGGACGAGUUCGCUUUGGGCACAGAACGACUGGUGGGCAGCCUCAGAGGAAGUUCUGGGUAUGCGCUCCAAGACAGGACCAAAAUUCCUCCUUGGAACCCAUCGGAAACUGGAGAUUAUCUCCCCGAGGGACUGCCAAGUGUAGGCACCGAGAAAGACGGGGAAGAGGAGCUGUGGCAGAAACUCGCAGAGGAGCCUUUAGCCGAGUCCCAAGCGUUCCAUCCCCUGCGAACAUGGGACCCAUCCGAAACAAACUUUCAGACAGCGUUCUUGUCUGAAGGCUCGACGGCCACUUUCGACGCGGUGCUUACAUCACUGGAACCCCCGAUACAACUCCCAUCUCUCAAGUCUCCCCUCCCUCCCCCGGCUCACGAUUCCGUUCACCUACUUGACUUGAUGAUGCGCGCCACCCUUGGCACCGUCACGACAGAACAUCUGCUGUGGGACGCCAAAAGAUCCAAAUAUGGAUGGAAGGAGAGCGGAGGCCGCCCUAUUGGCAUGGAACGAAUCACAUUCUCCAGAGUGGUGGAAGAGUUCCUCUCAAUAGCGACGGCUAUCCGGCGUCUGGAGCUCAUCAUCAACAGCCAAAGUUUGCUACCUCUUACGCCCACGCACCAUGCUCUACUUCAUGCUAUGUCAACCUAUCUCACUUAUAUCAGAGAGCGAUUGAUGUUCGCCAUCUCCCAGUGUGAGCACGAAGGCAAAGCGGACUGGAACAAGUGGAUUUUGGCAACGAGGGACGUCAACAUCUUGGCCCAAACUCUAUGCGAGGUCAUGAAAUGGCCCUUGACAAGCUCGAGAGCAUCUGCUCUACCUACAAGAGCGUCAUCCCUGCUUUCACAUCUAUACAGCCAUCUUUUCUCGGCCCUUUCGGUCUGCCCCACGCCAACACAUUCCAUCCCCAUAGCAUUGGCCUUUCUAUUCUCGGAAUCAUCUGGGCCCUGGAUGUCAACUUUACAUGCGUGGCUGGGGCUUGUUCCCUCGGACGAAGAGGACGACACGGAUGCAAAGUCGCAACCUUGGGGUGACUUGGGCAUCACUCGGGCGAAAGUCAAUGACAGAUGGCAGUACGAUUUCUCAUCAAAGCACAUGCCGGUGUUUGUCCCCCGUGAAGCUAGGAGAGUAUUGUUCGAAGCAGGGAAGAGCUUGCGGAUUUUGAGAGAAGCCUCCAAUGGCCAACAUCCUCUAUGCUCGACAGAAAAAUGGGACAUCAAUGUUCAGUGGUCCUGGGGGGAUGACAAUGAAAGUGGGGUCAGUGAUAUCCGAGGCCACCUGAAAAGAGUGAGAAAAGAGGUUGAAUGCUGGAAACGAUCCCAAAGAGGCAGUCUAUCCGGUUCUCUGUCUGGAAGGAAGACAUCUCGAAGAGAACGCAAGGGCAUUCCUCUAGAAUUCCGCGCACCACCCUCGACAUCGCCUCCAGCCGGAUUUCAAGGAGAAGCUGAUCCGGAAAGCGAGAUGGAACGUUUCUUUGCACUUUUGGGCCAGGCGCCUGGAUCCCACCUUUCUGCUCCGCCGAAAAAAGAAGAGCCGGAUCUGAAUCUAUGGGCACAAACGCCCCUUGAAACACUCCAUCGGUUCAUCUCUCGGCACUCUUCGCCCGACGACCCUCUCCUUCCCCAGUCAUGUCCCACCCUUCCGAUCUUUGUUUCCGACUAUAUCCUUGCUCCUUUAACCCAGCAUGCCGGUAUCGUAUCGGCCUCAUUGGUUUCGCUUUACCUCGACGACCUGCGGUUCCUCGACCAUCUUGAUGUACUCAGGGCCUUUUGGCUGGGAGGCGACGUGGACUUUAUGGAACGUGCGGGAGGCGCGCUAUUCGGUAAAGACAGUGCCGGCGCAGGCGAAGCUGCUGGUCUCGGCAAACGAGCCAGGACGAGAGCACGUCUGGGACUUGCCCCGGGGAACGACGCAGGAGAAAGAAGUGCAGAGUGGGGCAUAGGUCUUGGCAUUGGACUGAGCGAGCGAAGCCGCUGGCCUCCUGGAGGUGCCGAGCUCGCUUACGCCUUGAGGACCACCUUGAUGCACGACGACAUUGGUGGGAUGUUGGUCAAGGAAAACAGCUCAGUGUGGCAAGAGGUUGAAGAUCGGGUAUCUUUUGCUAUCAAAGAGCUGCCCGAAGAGGGCGACACAGGCAGGCGAGCCAGAUGGCUCAAUCCACAGGCUAUUGAAGCACUCGACUUUUUGUACCUCGCCUAUUCGCCAGACCCCAUCAUCUCGACUCUGCUGCCGCCUUUGAUCAUGGUGAAAUAUCAGUCGGUUCACAAUCUACUGUUGCGUCUGUCGCGAGUGGAUCUGGUGUUGAGGACGAUGUACUGGGAUGUCGUACAUCAGUCCGAGUCAUUUGAUGAGCCGCUCAAGAUGGGCGUCGACUCGGGGAUCAACAGACCACCGAGGGCCGCCCGGUUCGCCCGUCGGGAGCGUAUCGUCCAUUCGUUAUUCCCCAAAGGCUCUCAGACCGAGAGGCACUUGCAAAGUCUGAGGUUCAAGAUGUCGCAUUUCGUAAAUACCUUUGGGCGUUACGUGAUGGACAGCGCGAUCUCUAUCAAGUGGAAUGCGAUGAGAAAGAGGCUUGGGAAGCUUCAACAGAAGAUUCCCGGCAAGGAUGAAUCGCGGCCAGGAUCACCUGUUGACGACGAUGACGGGCUAGGAUCAGUCUCAGAAGAUGAAGGACAGACUGAUGACGACGAGUCAGAAGACAAUCCUGCCAGCUUGCGCCAACUCCAAUCCAUCCACUCUCUCGUUGCUUACCACAAUCUUUCUCUCGACCGAAUCCUCCGCGCAUGCCUCCUAGGCCCCCAAGCCGGACAACAAGUCACUUAUAAAGUUCUCACGACCCUAUUUGGACUCAUACUGGACCUGGGAAAGACGUUGAAAGAAGUGGAGAAGGGAUUCAUGGGAUGGGAGGAUGGUGCGGAGAAAGUUGAGGAGAUCAUGGGCGAAUGGGCAGAGAAGGAGGCUGUGUUUAUGCAUGCACUCGAGAGGCUGUCCCUUCGCACUACUUCCUCAAAGAGGUAUCAUACGGAGGGAGGUGAUCAGACAGAGCAAGAUAUGCUCUUGCUGGAAGGAGAGGGAGAAGGAGCUGGCGUCGAGAGUGAGGCAGAUUACUGGGCCAAAUUGGGUAUGGGCGGAAACGAUUUGCAAGAGCUUGUGCUUCGUCUACGGCUGAGAGGUAGUACGGAGGGGAAAGGCGGGCGUUGGAAAAAGGAAAAUCUGUUGUAA